CCGCCCCUUCCGUGGGGUCACUUCCGGCUGUGGGCGCUGCGGCGCGGCCCAGGUGGGAUGGGGCCGGGCGGCGGUGAAAGGGCAGCAGGAGGGACUGGGGGGAGGGGGCUGUCCCAGGGGUAGGUCAGGGUCAAAGGGCAUAGAGAUGGGACUCAGUCAACGGGCAUCGGGGGCCAGGGGUCAGAGGGCAUAGAGGUAGGGCAGGAAAAGAGGACACCGGGGGAUCUGGGUGCGGGGCGGGGGUUCAGUUCGCAGCGGUGGGAUGCAGCUGCCGCCGUAGGGCUCUCACGGCCGCCCCCUCCCCGCAGCCCCCCGCCAUGGCCCUGGCCCUGCUGCCCGCCCGCUGCCUGCGCCGCCUGCUCCUCCGCCCCCCCCAGCUCCCAGCCCCAUCCCGGGGCUUGACCGGGCCCCGGGGGGGUCCGCCCCCAGCCCUGCCCCUGGGCCGGCGCGUGGCCGUGGUGGCGGCGGUGGGGGGCGCGGCGACGGGGGCCUGGCUCUACUUGCGGGCCCGCAAAGAGCGGGAGCGGCGGGAGCGACGGCGGCGAGAGCUGCGGGCGUUGGCGCUGGGGCAGGGCAACUUCCAGCUGGUGGAUCACCGCGGGCAGCCCCGCUGCAAGGCCGACUUCCGCGGGCAGUGGGUGCUGCUUUACUUCGGCUUCACGCACUGCCCCGACGUCUGCCCCGAGGAGCUGGAGAAGCUGAGCCGGGCGGUGGAGCUGCUGGACCGCGACGCGGCUCUGCCACGGGUGCAGCCGCUCUUCAUCACCGUGGACCCCGAGCGCGACGACGUGGCGGCGGUGGCUCGCUACGUGCGGGAUUUCCACCCUCGGCUGCUGGGGCUGACGGGGACCCCCGAGCAGGUGCGGGCGGUGAGCGGCGCCUACCGCGUUUACGCCAGCGCCGGGCCCAAGGACGAGGACGGUGACUACAUCGUGGACCACACCAUUAUCAUCUACCUGCUGGGCCCCGACGGGCUCUUCCUGGACUACUACAACCGCAGCAAGACGGCCGCUAAGAUCGCCGAGAGCGUGCGGCGGCACAUGGAGAGCUACGAGCCGCUCCUCGACUGAGCGCCGCAGCCCCAUAGGGCUUGGCCAGGAGUGGGGGGGGGACAACCUCUCUAGAACCAACUCUGCCUGCUGGCGGCACCCACCCCCGGGGGACGCUUUGUCAAUGUCACCAGAAACAAGGCCGCCUUUUUUUUUUUUACCAAA